GGAUUUCGCAGGGAACGGCUCCUGGGCGCUUUGGCCCCCCAGAUGCAUGAUGACGGGGCCUCCAUACGGACACGGGGUGAUGCUUCAGUAAGGCACUUCAAGUAACUCCAGCUCCCUUUCAAAGCUCUCACCCCGGUCGAUUUACGAAGAGGGUGUGUGACUCUGAGAGUUCAUAAUGCUGUGCUGUAAGUCAGAGUGAGAAAGCAGAGCGGCAGACGCACGAGAGUAUGAGGAGCAGCAGUCAGUGUGAACACGGAGCAGCUCAGAGUCAGAGCGCCAUGAGCCCAGCACACAACUCAGCCCUGAUGCUCGCUGUCCUCUUCAUCUCCUUCAUACCCAUCACCACAGGUGUUCCAGUGCUCUUGAAUCCAUCUUCAAUAGAGCACGAGCAGUUACUAACCCAGAUAACUGAUCUGUGCUCGUUCUACCUCUCUGCAGACCCAUCCUUUAGAACAUCUGAUGUCCUGGAGGACCUGUGUUUCCUAAUGCUGGGAUCGCUGCAAAAAUCGGAGGAGAUCACAGCUCGAGAGACCAGCAAAAGGUUUUUAUUUCAUUACACUAAACCGAAUGGUGCAGGAUUGUCAGAUGGGACGUCUACUGUGUUGCACCCUCUUCUGGAGCUCAUACCCCAGCUUGCCAGAAGAAGAAGCAGGAGAAUGAAAUUAAAUGAUGAGCUUCAGGGGCCCGGACGGAUCCAGAGCAGAGGAUAUUUCCUUUAUAGGCCACGAAAUGGAAGAAGAUCUGACGAAUAUGUGUAAAACAAAGAAUCUUAAAAUCAGACUAGCGUACCUGCUAACGUCUGACCAAUGUUUUCAGCGGCGCCAGACCCCGUGAUCCAGAGCCGGUCAACCUUAACACGUCACGUCACUCGUUCCAGAAAACACCCCUCUAUUGAAUUGUGAUGUUGAAUGUACGAUCAGAAUCCAAAUAAAGUAUUCCAACGUUCCAACGUUCCUGUUCGUGUAACUGUGCCGUGUCUUUUGAAUUAAAAGCAUUAUAAAAUA